GCGGCAGUCCCUCCUCGCUUCAACAAUUAACAAUCAACAGUUUCCUCGCCCCCCAUUUCCAUUCGGCUAUUCCAUUCUCUGUCGGCUACCGACGGAAGAAUGGGUCUGAACUUGGAGGAACUCUAUGGCCAAUCUAUAGUGGAUGAGCAAAAACCGAACGAGUAUUCGGAGUACCAGCCAAAGCAGGGCUAUGGCUGGGCUAACACUUUGCCCGAGCGGCAAGGUCUCUACGACCCUGAAUAUGAGAAGGAUGCCUGUGGUGUAGGCUUCGCUGCACACAUCAAGGGAAAGCCUAGUCACAAGAUUGUCAGUGAUGCUCGUAACUUGCUCUGUAACAUGACGCAUCGUGGCGCCGUUGGUUCGGACGCACGAGACGGUGACGGGGCUGGUGUAAUGACCAGUAUCCCACACAAGUUCUUCAUCAAAAACUUCGCACGCGAAGUCGGGGUGGACCUCCCUCCUCUGGGCCAGUAUGCCGUCGGUAACCUAUUUUUCAAGCCAGACGAAGAGUCCUUGAAAGAGUCCACCAAUACCUUCGAGGAAAUCGCAACAUCAUUGGGCCUACGUGUGCUGGGAUGGCGAGAGGUCCCUCGUGACUCGACCAUCUUGGGCCCUGCUGCACUCUCUCGAGAGCCCAUCAUCAUGCAACCCUUCGUGGUGCUAAAGGCGGCUUAUGGCGAAGGCAACAAACCUGAAGUCACUGAUCCGGCACAGUUUGAUGACAAGACUUUCGAGCUCCAGCUGUACGUUCUACGGAAGCGUGCCACUCAUGUGAUUGGUCUCGCCAAUUGGUUCUACCUCUGCUCUCUCAGUAACCGGAACAUUGUCUACAAGGGACAGCUGGCUCCGGUGCAGGUGUACCAGUACUACCACGAUCUGGUGAACGUGGAUUAUGAGGGUCACUUCGCUCUCGUCCAUUCUCGUUUUUCGACCAACACUUUCCCUUCAUGGGAUCGUGCGCAACCUCUGCGUUGGGCGGCCCACAAUGGUGAAAUCAACACCCUUCGUGGCAACAAGAACUGGAUGCGCGCCAGAGAGGGUGUGCUGAAGUCCGACAUCUUCGGGGCGGAGCUUGACUCCCUUUAUCCUAUCGUCGAGGAUGGUGGCUCUGACUCUGCUGCCUUCGAUAACGUUUUAGAAUUAUUGAUGAUCAACGGAGUGCUCUCUUUACCCGAGGCAGUCAUGCUUAUGAUUCCCGAAGCAUGGCAGGACAACCCAGCCAUGGAUCCGGCCAAGGCUGCUUUCUACGAAUGGGCUGCCUGUCAGAUGGAACCCUGGGAUGGUCCGGCUCUCUUUACUUUCUCCGAUGGUCGCUAUUGCGGAGCAAACCUUGACCGCAACGGUUUGCGUCCCUGUCGCUUCUACGUCACGGAUGAUGACCGAAUUAUCUGUGCCUCUGAAGUUGGCGCCGUUGACAUCGACCCCGAACGCGUGAUUCAAAAGGGCCGCUUGCAGCCCGGAAAGAUGCUCCUGGUCGAUACUGUAGCCGGUCGGAUUAUCGAUGACUCCGAACUCAAGUAUACUGUUUCCCAUCGCCAUGAUUUCGCCUCUUGGUUGGAGAAGGAGCUCUUGAAGCUCCCUGCGAUUAAAGAGAAGCUGGACGAGCAGAGCGUGGACCUCGCCUACGCUUUGGAUGAGACGACUAUUCAGAAUGACCCUCGUUUGAAGGCGUUCGGUUAUUCUUUUGAACAAGUAAGCUUGCUCCUGGGUCCCAUGGCUGCCGACUCCAAGGAAGCCCUUGGGUCCAUGGGUAAUGAUGCGCCUCUUGCCUGCGUCGCCAAACAACCGCGCCUUCUCUACGAAUACUUCCGUCAGCUCUUUGCCCAGGUCACAAAUCCUCCCAUCGAUCCGAUUCGGGAGGCAGUCGUUAUGUCCCUGGAAUGCUAUGUUGGUCCCCAGGGUAAUCUCUUGGAGAUGGAACAGUCACAGUGCCACCGCUUGCUAUUGCCGUCUCCCAUUCUGAGUAUUCCGGAAUUCAACGCGCUGAAGAAUAUCAACCGCGCUCACAAGGAUUGGACAGUGAAGACCAUUGAUAUCACAUUCGAGAAGCAGAAGGGUGUCCCAGGUUAUCUGGAAGCUCUUGAUGCCAUCUGCGAUGCGACUACCGAAGCAAUUCAGAACGGAGACAAGAUCCUGGUGCUUUCGGAUCGAGGCACGUCAGCAGAGAGAGUUCCUGUAUCUGCUCUAUUGGCCACUGGACUCGUCCAUCACCACCUGGUUCGCAACAAGUGGAGGUCUCUCGCUGCCAUCGUCGUCGAGACUGCCGAGGCUCGUGAGGUACACCACAUGUGUGUCUUAGUGGGAUACGGAGCCGACGCUAUCAACCCUUACCUUGCUAUGGACUGUAUUCUUAAGAUGAACAGGGAAAAGUUGAUUCGCAAACAACUUCCUGAUGAGAAGGUCAUCGAAAAUUACAAGGCUUCCUGCGAUGGUGGUAUUCUUAAAGUCAUGAGCAAGAUGGGUAUCUCAACAUUGCAGUCCUACAAGGGCGCUCAGAUCUUCGAAGCCCUCGGUAUUGACGACAGCGUCAUUGACCGCUGCUUUGCAGGAACCGCGAGCCGCAUUCGUGGUAUGACUUUUGAGCUUAUUGCUCAGGAUGCCUUCGCUUUCCAUGAGCGUGGAUAUCCUUCGCGUGAGAUCGUCGAUAUUCCCGGCCUUCCUGAAUCUGGUGAAUAUCACUGGCGUGACGGCGGUGAAGAGCACAUCAACGACCCAGUCAGCAUUGCGAACAUGCAGGAUGCUGUCCGCACAAAGAAUGACAAGUCUUAUGAAGCGUAUGCCAAGGCUGAACAUGAGCAGAUCAAGAACUGUACCCUGCGUGGUAUGCUUGACUUCGACUUUGAGCAGCGCACCCCCAUCCCCAUUGACCAGGUCGAACCGUGGACCGAGAUUGUGCGUCGGUUCGUUACGGGUGCCAUGUCUUAUGGAUCUAUCUCCAUGGAAUCACACUCUACCUUGGCAGUUGCCAUGAACCGCCUCGGUGGGAAGUCGAACACCGGCGAAGGAGGUGAGGAUCCCGAGCGAAGCAAGAGAUUUGAAAACGGUGAUACAAUGCGCUCCGCCAUCAAGCAGAUCGCUUCCGGCCGUUUUGGUGUGACUUCUCACUACCUUGCGGACGCUGAUGAGUUGCAGAUCAAGAUGGCACAAGGAGCCAAGCCCGGUGAAGGUGGUGAGCUCCCUGGACAUAAGGUAGUCGGUCCUAUCGCCCGCACUCGAUACUCUACACCUGGUGUUGGUUUGAUCUCGCCGCCUCCGCACCACGACAUCUACUCUAUUGAAGAUCUUAAGCAGCUCAUCUACGAUCUCAAGUGUUCUAACCCUCGCGCACGCGUUUCCGUUAAGCUCGUGUCUGAGGUCGGUGUUGGUAUCGUUGCCUCCGGUGUCGCUAAGGCCAAGGCUGAUCAUAUCCUGAUUUCCGGUCACGAUGGUGGCACUGGUGCUUCCCGUUGGACUGGUAUCAAGUAUGCUGGCCUUCCCUGGGAGUUGGGUCUCGCGGAAACUCAUCAGACCCUCGUCUUGAACGACCUGCGUGGGCGUGUUGUUGUCCAAACUGACGGUCAGAUUCGUACCGGUCGCGAUCUUGCUGUAGCGUGUCUGCUCGGCGCAGAAGAGUUCGGGUUCGCAACCACCCCGUUGAUUGCCAUGGGUUGUAUCAUGAUGCGCAAGUGUCACCUAAACACCUGCCCUGUUGGAAUUGCAACCCAGGACCCCGCCCUGAGGGCCAAAUUCCAAGGAACCCCUGAGCAUGUGAUCAACUUCUUUUAUUAUGUUGCCAACGAGAUGCGUGCCAUUAUGGCCAAACUCGGCAUUCGAACAGUCAAUGAGAUGGUGGGUCGUGCUGAGCUUCUCAGGGUUCGAGAUGGUCCUAAAACCCCUAAGCAAGAGAACAUUGAUCUUUCUCUCAUUCUUACUCCCGCCCACUCCCUCCGUCCUGGCGUGGCUACCUACAAUGUUCGCAAGCAGGACCAUCGUCUUCACACUCGUCUAGAUAACAAGUUGAUUGCCGAGUCUGAGCUUGCAUUGGAAAAGGGUCUGCCCUGCCGAAUCGAAUGUGAUAUCGUUAACACUGAUCGUGCGUUGGGUGCUACCUUGUCCUAUCAGGUCAGUCGCCGCUAUGGUGGCGAAGGACUCCCGCAAGACACUAUUCACUCGAACAUCAAGGGCUCUGCCGGCCAGUCCUUUGGUGCUUAUCUUGCUCCAGGUAUCACUCUUGAGCUGGAGGGUGAUGCCAACGACUAUGUUGGGAAGGGUCUUUCCGGAGGCCGCCUCAUCGUUUACCCACCCCGCGGCGCUGCGUACAAGGCUGAGGAGAACGUCAUUGUUGGAAACACCUGUCUCUAUGGCGCUACUCGGGGUACCUGCUUUUUCCGUGGUAUGGCUGCUGAGCGUUUUGCCGUCCGUAACUCCGGAGCCACCGCUGUCGUUGAGGGCGUUGGUGACCACGGCUGUGAGUACAUGACUGGCGGUCGGGUGCUUGUCCUUGGGCCCACUGGUCGCAACUUCGCUGCUGGUAUGUCCGGCGGCAUCGCCUAUAUCUUGGAUAAGAACCAGGACUUCCACUCCAAGGUCAACAUGGAGAUGAUUGAAGUCAGUGGGCUGGAGGAUCCCGCCGAAAUCGCCUUCGUUCGUGGCUUGAUCGAGGAUCAUCACCAUUACACCGGUUCUGAACUGGCUGCUCGCAUCCUGCUCGACUUCACUCGUGCCCUCCGUCACUUUGUCAAGGUUUUGCCCAUCGACUACAAGCGCAUCCUUGAGGAAGAAAACGCCAAGGCUAAAGCCGCGAAGAAGGCCGAGUUCACUCUGCCUCAGCUUCCUGGCACCCCAGUCCCCUCCGAGCAGUCGAAGGCUCAGUCCGAAAAGGAUGCCAAGAAGGUUGAGAUGCUUGAUAUUGAAGACAGUAUCAGUGACUCUAAGACUGAGAAGAAGCGCUCUGCCCUCAUUCUUGACAAGACCAGAGGAUUUAUGAAGUACAACCGUCGCAGUGAGAAAUAUCGGAACCCUGCUACUCGAACGCGUGACUGGGCUGAGCUCUCUACCCGUCUUAGCGAGGAUGAGCUUAAAUACCAGUCCGCUCGUUGCAUGGACUGUGGCGUUCCUUUCUGUCAAUCCGAUACUGGAUGCCCGAUUUCCAACAUCAUUCCCAAGUGGAAUGAACUGGUCUUCCAGAACCAGUGGCAAGAUGCCCUCAACCGUCUCCUCAUGACAAACAACUUCCCCGAGUUCACGGGCCGUGUCUGCCCUGCUCCUUGUGAGGGGGCCUGUGUUCUUGGUAUCAACGAAGAUCCGGUUGGUAUCAAGUCAAUUGAGUGUGCUAUCAUCGAUCGCGGUUUUGAAAUGGGCUGGAUGGUCCCUCGUCCUCCAAAAGCUCGCACUAAUAAGACCAUUGCCAUCAUCGGUUCUGGCCCGGCGGGUCUCGCCGCUGCGGAUCAACUCAACCGUGCCGGACACAGUGUCACUGUCUACGAGCGUGCUGAUCGUAUUGGCGGGCUACUCAUGUAUGGUAUUCCCAACAUGAAACUGGACAAGAAGGUUGUGCAGCGUCGUGUCGACCUGAUGGCCGCCGAAGGCAUUCAGUUUGUUCCUAACACUCCCGUUGGACCUGAACACGACGUUACCCUGGAGUCCUUGCGCAAGAUUAAUGAUGCCAUUAUCAUUGCCACUGGUGCCACCGUGGCUCGUGAUCUCAAGGUCCCUGGACGCGAACUUGAGGGCGUCCACUACGCCAUGCAAUUCCUGCAUCGUAACACCAAGUCGCUCCUCGAUUCCAACCUUGCUGACGGUGCGUACAUCUCCGCCAAGGACAAGCACGUUGUAGUCAUUGGUGGUGGUGAUACUGGUAAUGACUGCAUUGGUACCUCCGUCCGCCACGGCGCCAAAUCCGUCACCAAUUUUGAAUUACUGCCCCAGCCUCCCCCGGAGCGUGCCCGCGACAACCCGUGGCCUCAGUGGCCUCGCAUCUACCGUGUCGACUACGGUCACUCAGAAGUCAAGACACACAUGGGCAAAGACCCUCGCGAGUAUUGUGUCAUGUCCAAGGAGUUCGUUGACGAUGGCAGUGGCCGCGUCAAGGGUAUCAAUACUGUUCGUGUGGAGUGGACGAAGGGCGCUUCCGGCGGUUGGGAUAUGAAGACCGUCGAGGGCAGCGAGCAAUUCUUCCCCGCCGAUCUUGUUCUCCUCUCGAUGGGUUUCCUUGGCCCUGAGGACCGCCUUUUGGGAGACGAAAUCGAACGCGACGCCCGCAAGAAUGUCAAAACUCCUCCUGGUCAGUAUUCUACCAACGUUUCUGGCGUUUAUGCCGCUGGUGACUGCCGUCGCGGCCAGUCUCUCAUUGUCUGGGGUAUCAAUGAAGGCCGCCAGUGUGCCCGUGAGGUUGAUGCUGCUCUUAUGGGCAUCAGCUCCCAGCUCCCAGUCACUGGUGGCAUUGUUCGCCGUCCUGCUAUCGAUGCAGUCCCUCAAUCGGCGCCACAGACUGUUUCGGCUUAAUUUCUUUCUACAUCUCUGUUGCAUCAUGUUGGACUGGAUCCAGCUGUACAACGACCCUAUUUGAGACUCAUGAUCACAACGAAUCUAUGACAG